GUUUGUGACAUUCUGCAAAAAUUACCAGGCUCUUUAAGUGAAUCCUCAGACAGUGAGGCAUAUGUAGAUGCUGCCAUAAGGCUUAUUCAACAGGCAAUCAUUAAGAAUGUCAGUGGACAAUAUUUGGAGGAUGUGAAGAGUCUCCUUAUUGAACUGGAUGAGGAUAUGCAAAGCUCUCCGAGUGUCCCUGCCAGCAUUGUUUACUGACACAUCCACAAAUGCAUCAUUGUCACAAGAUUGCACUGACAUCAACACUGUACCAACCCAAGGAGAUGAUGUGAAAACUUUCACAGAUAAAGUGGAGCAUCUCAUUAAUAUCAGGAACACUCUUGUAGAAGCUGCCAAUGAAUUUGAGGAGCAUUUAGAAGAAGCUGUGACUUUGCGUUUAUCAUGCAUCAAGCGUGAGCUGUAUGAUUUGACCAAGUUGACUGCAAUAAAGUUAACUGCUAAAGACAGUGAGGGAAGCACGAAGACGUCUUCCAUUUCUGAGGACUUGACCACUCAAUUGGAAACGCAGCAGCAGUUUAUACAUGAGUUUAUGGAUAUUACUACCAACAUCAACUUGGACGCUCAGUCAGAAAAGAUGAAAAUUCUCAAAAAUCAGGAGAUGAUGGUCCACAAGAUUCUUGAAGACAAUAAAGAAAAGCUACAUUUUGUUUGCCAAGAGCAUAUGGAAGACAUGAAAAAUGUUUCUAGUCUCUCAGAUGCUAUCAAGUACAGCAGUGAGCUGAUGUUAUCCCUGGAGAAAACCUUAUCAGAUGAAGUGUCAUGGGUGGAGCAACAGUAUAAAGAACUGCUGGAACAAUAUAAUUAUGAGCAAACCCUUCACACACAGUCACGGUCACUCACACUGGAGGAGCUCAAGAACAGGCUCAUUGUCUUGCUCAGAGGCACAGCUACACAGACUGAAUUGGAUGAUCUUAAAUCUCAUCAAAAAUGUGAGUUGAUGAAGCUUCAGGAAGAACACGGUGCUGAGGUUCAACGGCUGGAGAGACAACUGGCAGUGAGGGAUCAGGAGACACUGAUGGCCUUAGAUGAUGAAGUGGAACAGCUUCGUGCUCAAAUUGACCAUGACCUAAAUGUCAGGUCCUGCAUCUCUAACUCAUUGUGCUCUGAGCUUGAGAACAUCAAAAUUCAGGUUACGCAGCUGGAAGAUGCAAAUGAUGAACUUCACAAGAUAAUUGAUCCUGCAACUGAUGUUAACUCUGUCCUCUUCCAGCGGCACUUACAGAGCCUCUACAGUGACAGGGACUGGUACAAGAAAACAGUUGGUCUCCUGUCCCAUGUAACACUGCAGCUGCUGCACUACUACAGUGUAGCAGAAAGCUACACUAACAAGCCUCAAGAUCACAAAGUGAUUAAUGAAAUUAUUGAAGAUCAAUCUGCAAUGCAUCAGCCAGAGUUGUUUAGUGGAAGGGUUUUGGAUCUCUCAUUCUUGUCUGAUUCUAUGCCAGACGAUAGUUAUACUAGUCAGCUGAAUAUGUUUGCAGAGGACACUGCCCUGUCAACAGGACUUAUUUCCAAAACUAUUUAUACUGAUCAAGGUGAUGAGCCAGAACUAGUAAGCAACUCUGGAUCAGUGUUAGAUAGCACAGCCAUGAGUGAAGGAAUGUUAGAUGAUGUAGACAAGGAUGAACAAGUUCGCUCUAUACUCACAAAGUCAUAUCCUCAGUUAAUGUCGAUUCUCAAGGGUCGUUGGGACCGUGUUGUUGUGGAGAAUCUAGAGAAGGAGGUUCAGGAGUUAACAAUUUCACUUCAAGCAUCAGCAGGAAUGUUGAAAAUAUUUUUGCAUUCUGUAUCAUCAGAAAAUCAAGAUCUUUCAUCUCAUACUAUUAGAGAAGUAACACAAGAUGACAGUGUGAAAGAAACAGUCUCUGAUCUGAGUCAGCAUCACCUUAGUGAAACUAUUGAGGCACUGAGUAAAACUCCAGGAGAUGAAGUGCAACCUAAUAAGUCUAUAAGGGAAAGUGAAUCAAGUUGCUCUACAGUUUCACUUAAAAUUCAUAAUGUUAGAAAGAAAUUUAUGAAGAAUCUGAAAGACACUGAAGUGGAUCUACCCUUAAAAGAAGAUGCUUUAGAUGUGACAAGCCAGUCAUCACAGUCAGAAUUAUUUAAAGAGUUGACUCAGCUGGAUCUUGUCAAUCUGUCAGAGAGCCUCACCAUUCUAUUGAGCCAAGAUGAAUCAUUCAUUAACUUCACUAAACUUAAGCACCAGGAACUUAUAGAUGAGGAAAAACUAAAGGAAGUCCUGAAACAAUUAUGUCAAAAUGUCCAGUUUACAGCGUGUCUUCAAAUGAAGCUUCAUCAUGUAGAGGGCUUAUUAAAAGGCCUUGAAGAGGAGAAGAAAACAUUAGAGGAUGAAAAUUGUCGUCUUAAUCACUACAGCAAGAAUCUCGCUAUGGAGCUCCAGGUUGUGAAAGACCAGAUAGAAGAAUUGGAGGCAGUUCAACAGGACCAAGAGGGAGGGACUGCUUGUACCCAGUAUGCAGCAAAAAUGGAAGCUUCAAAGGAUAUUAAAGAAAGAGUACGAGCCACUCUGUCUGCCAAAAAUAAAUCACUAAUGGAUCACACUGAGCUGGUUGCUCGUGUUGGAGACCUUGAAGGAAUCCUUGAGACACUAGUGAGAGAGAAUGAUGCCACUGUUGAAGCUCUCAAGUCUCGGGUCUCAGAUCUUUCCCAGCAGCUAGAAGUGGCAGAUCGACAGCUUCGAUCAUCUCGCCAGUUCCUAGAGGAGCAUGCCAGUGAAAGAGACCAGGAGAUGGAGGACUUAAUGCACACCAAAGACAAACUUGCCAGUCAGCUGCGAGAGAAAGAUGCCUUGCUCGUACAACAUGCUAAUUUAGAGAAGGAGGUGGAGAAUUUAGAGCGACAGUUGCGGGAAAAAUCCCAAGAACUCCAGGAUGCUCUUGCCAGUAAAGAGGAAAUUCAAGUCGAACAUAAAGCUGCUGUUGAUAAGAUUUGGGAUCUGCGUGAAAUUAUCCAGUCCCUUGAGGCUCAGGUGGAUGGGAAGUGUGUUGAGGAAAGUAACCUCAACACCCAGGUUGAAACACUGACAGCAGCACUCAGCCUGGCUCAUCAGGACUCCCAAGAUCUCACUUCUAAGUUAGAGGCUCUUCAGUGUGGAGGAAGUAUACAAGGUGGUGGUCACAGCAGAGAACAGUUGCCCACCCAAGGCCCACGAACAGUUGAGCCUGAAGAGGAGGAGAAUGAUGCUCAACUUACUGGUACUUCUCUGUUUAUGGAACUGAGAGAUGAGUACAGGCAGGGCACAAGAAAUGUGUCUGGUCAAACACUGCUGCAAAUAAUUGAAGAAACUGUUGAGCGGACCACUAGUGGCCUGGAGGCUCUGCAGCUGUCAGUGUCAUCUGCCUCACAGUCUGCUGAAGAUCUCUCAAUCCAAGAUCACUUAGAUGUGCCAUCUUUACAAGAGCGAGAGAAUAACCGUGCCUUAUCACCAGCAUCUGUUGACCGUCGCUUGGAAGACAAACUACUUACACUUGAACGUACAACAGAAGCUGCGGUGAAACGUACUCGAGAUCUAGAAAUGACUUUGAAAAAUCUAAGAGUUGAUCAUGAGGAAGUGACUGCAGAGAGAGAUGUCCUUCAAGAGCACUCAAAGGAGCAACUUGUUCAGAUCUCUAGUCUUGAAGCUCGUCUAGAUGAGAUACGCCGUUCAGAACAUCCCAUGACUGCUGAACUUAGACAGAGGCUUAAUUUUGUUCAAGAAAAUCUUGAAAAGAAGAGAAAUGAGAUAACCAAAAAGGGAAGAGAAAUAGAGGAGCUUAAACAUAAUUUAACAAGUACUCGAGGAAAGUUGAUGUCACGAGAGGAGGAACUUGAACGCAUGCAGUGUGUGUCCCAGCCUCACAGUCUUCCCCUGAGCACUGCUGAUCAACUCCUUACAAAACAAAGACAUUUGGAAGAUGAAUUGGCAACCAAAUAUAUUAUCAUUGAAAAAUUAAAGAAGGAACUUGUAGAUGCAAGUAAGUCAGACACCAUCCCACCAUUACUGGCCCAGAGUCUAAUUGAAGAUAAGAAUGCUGAGAUCAGUGAAUUGUAUCAGCAACUUAGGAAUAUGAAGUCCCGAGUCCAUGAAGUGGUCACGUUUAUUGCUAAUGGCACAAGUCUCGCUGAAUGUAAAAAUAUGCUGCAAAAAAUCAUUGGAGAUGAUAAAUUCAGUCCCAGAUUAAGUGAUGCAGAAGCUCCUGAGGUGUUGAGAAAAACAUUGGUACAAGAUUCAGAUUUGACUUCAUAUUCAAGCUUGACUUCACAUGUGAUAAGUAGUCUGAAGGAAGGACCUUGCCCUUUCAUAAUAUCAAAUAGUAAAAGUGAGGAUGGAGUGUCUUUCAUUACUCAGCCCUCAAGUGGUAACUUGACUCUGAUGUCUCUACAACAUGAAGCUCCUCAUGAAAUAUCAAAGACAUCUUCAUCUCAUACGUCAAUGACGUUCAAGAUACCACCUCUACACAAAGAUGACAGACUUGAAACAUCAUCUCCAUCUGUGGGAGGUGCUGGUACUUCUGCUGACGAGGAGAUCAAAGAAAUGGUUGAAGAAGAGAAAGCAGCUCCUCAUACUUCACCAUUUGAGGAAGGAAUACCUUUUACCAAGGAGGAGUAUGAAAGCCUGUGUUCUGCUAGUGGUGAAGUGACUGUCCUUAGGGCUCAAAUAGAACUUAUGCAGAAGGAAAUAGACAACUUAAAUAAAUAUCAGGCAAAACUGGAGGAGGAUUACAAAGUUGCUCAAGAAAUGUUGGAAGCACGAGAAGAAGAGAUCACACAGUUGUCGGAGGAAAUCGAGGACACUGGGUCUUUGCCUCUGCCCUCACAGACUCUUCACAUGCAAGACAUGUGUUUCAGGCUUGAAGAACAGGUUGUAGAACUACAAGAACGGUUCAAUGAGGCAGCUGCCAUGAACAGAGAAUAUGAAGAAGAAAUUGAGAAGCUUAAUCUCAGAACUAGUCAAUAUGAACAAGAGAUAAAAGAACUUCAAGAAGGCAUUGAAUUACUCAGAAAAGAAGAUAAGCAGAAAGAAGUUCUUCUUCUUGAGAAAGAAACAUCAUUACAAGAGACAAGACGUGAGAUUGACAAAAAUGUUGAUCAACAUAAACAGAAACAGAUGGAGCUUUGUAGAGAAAUGAAAGUUUUACAUGAACAAAUGGAGCAGCUAAAACAGCAACAUGAAGAACAAUCUGCAGCUCUACAGAGGAAGACUGAGGAAGUUGCUCAGCUGUCUGCCCAACUGGAUUUGGUGCAUUCAGAAAUGAAGGAGAGAUUAUCCCACACCAACAAAGAGAUGGCACAGCUGGAGGAACAAUAUCAGCAGGAAAUUUCAGACAUGAAAGAAGAACAGAUACUAAGAGAAAAGCAGUUGUGUAGUGACUAUGAGGAGCGAAUGGCUGCCCAGGUGAGUGACUUAUCAGUGAAACUUGGGAGAGACAAGGAAGAGGCAGUAGCACGCCAGCAGCGUUUUUAUAAAUCUGCUCUUCACGAGGCAAACAGGGAAAAGGAGCGAGUCCAGAUGGAGUUACAAGAACAACGUAGGGCGGUGGAUUUCCAUAAUAGAAGCCAACAAACAUCUCACCUCUUUGACUCAGUUGAUGCACUGAAUGCAGGAGUAAAACUGGAGUUGGACAAAUCAGGUCAGCUGGACAACAGUUUAGUAUCAUUUGUCAAGCAUGGCCAUACUAGGGGUGAUCCUGGAGACCUUUCUACAAGAGCUUCAAGUGCUGUCAGUGACAUAAGUGAUGGUGAUGGACCCAGUGAUAUUGCAGUCAAAGUCCAAAGGCUGAUGAAUAAGGUUGAUAAGGAAGGCAUAGAGAUGCUGACUUUGAUAGAAUUAAUGUUCCUGCAAAAACAUCAGACACAUUUAGACAAUAGUCAGAGGACUCUUAUAAGUCAGAGUGGAUUUAUCGCCACGGGCUCAACUGAAAGUUCCAUUGCUGACAUACAGGAAAGGUCAGCCCAGUCUGUACAAGGUAAAACAGAAGAUGGUGUCACUGUCGGGGAGAGAACACAACUACUUCGUCACAUGGCAGCCCUGGAGGAAGAACUCAGUAAGAAAGAUCAAGAAAUUAAGAGAAAAGUUAAUCUGUUAGAGUUUCGAUUAGAACAAGAGAAGAAGUUGGGAAUCGAAUGGAAAUUGUCCUUUGAGUCUGAAAAGAAGAGGGCACGAGAACUUAUAGAGCAGCUGAGAGAGGAGAAACUUGCCUCAGCGGAUCGGGUCUCAGAAUUAAAAAUUUUACGCUCGCAGUUCUUUGUCCAGAGGCUCGAGCUGCAGAAAAUUCAAGGAGAAAGUAGCAGUGUAAAUGAAACUUUAGAAACUAAUGAAAAAGAAGUCGAGAUGCUGAAGGACGCUCUGCAGGCGGAGCGUAACAACUUCAGCCGCGUCUCAAAAGCUCUCAACCAGCAGCGACACUUGGCAGCUGUGACACGUUCUCAACAAGAUGGUGUCAUCAAGGAUCUCCGUUGUACUCUGGACAGUGAACGGGAAAGAAUUAUGGAUCUUUACACUCAGCUGGCUGAGCUUACUAAUCAACAAGCAAAUAAACAAUGUGAUCGAAGAGGCAUUAUAACAAGAAGAAUGGAGUCUGAGAGAAUUACGUCUGGAGUUAAAGAGACCACCACAGCCAUCACCCCAACUGUUGAGGAUCUCCAGAUGCAGUUGGCUGUAGAAAAGGAGCGUUUUACUGAAUUACAAAGGUCAUAUGAAAGGGAGCGCCGAAAAGUUGUAACCCAAAAUGAGCAGGCACAUGCUGAAAGAGCAUGUGCUAAAGUUGAGCUAAUGGAAGAGCAAGGAAAAUGUGCAGAAUUGACCAAAACGAUUAGGAAUAUGGAAAUGGAAAAGGACACCUUAUUGAGACAGAUGAGCCAAAACCGGGAGCGUUUGCAACACCAAGAAUCACGAAUUCGAGAAAUGGAAGCAGAAAUAAGGAAAUUGGAGGGUGAUUUAAGAGCCCAAGCAGAUGGACAUCAAGCAGCAUCUCACAGAGUUCGGGAAGAAGAUGCACAGCUUCAUAUUAACUAUACACGCUCUUUAAAUAAAUUGGGAGAAGCAGAAGCUGAGCUUUGUACACUACGUCACAAACUAAGAACUGUCACCAAAGACUUAGAAUUGUCCAAAGAGAAAGAAGAACAACUUCAGCAAGAAUUAACCACAGAAAAGAUGGCCAUUAACAGGCUUGGCCUCCCUGCAUUAGCAAGGAUUAAUAAUUUGGAUGAGUAUUUUGAGCUGCAGCUUAAAGAAAAUUUGGAACUUUGCAAAUCUGUGUUACGGUUAACUGAUGAUCGCCAGGCCAUGAGACAGAAAAUUGAUACCCUUGAGAAUACUGUCACGGAUCUCACAGAACAACUUAUUAAAACAAAAGCUGCUGCCAGCAACCACGUAGAUUUUGAAAAAAUGCUCCAGAUGGAACGUUCAGCAUGGGAAAAAGAACGGACAUCACUACAAAAUAUCAUAUCUCGGAAAGAUAUUGAAAUGACAAGAUUGCAGAUAGAAGCAGGAUCCAGAAAUACUCUUCAAAAUGUCAACAAUGCUCAGCUAGAUGAUGAGAGGGUGCAGUACAUGUAUGGAAAAUAUGUACGAAGUGAACAUUGGCGCAAGGCCCUUAUUUGGCAAAAACGAUACUUGCUUGUAGUUAUAAAGGGAUACAGGGACGAUGAACAAGCUACUUUGUCCCGACUACGCAACAUGGCAAGUCAGGUUCAUGGUGCAGUCAGAAAUGAAGCAGUAGAAGCAGCUGAUAAUGCAGUGCAUCCCAAACAUAGAUUCAGGGUUGGAGCUUUGGCAAUGGUUGCAAUCUGUCGAAUGAAGAAUAUGGUUAUAAAGCAUCAGCGGAGAAAACGACUUGGGUCACAGAUUCUCCUCCCAUAUCCACACACAGCCUUAACCAUUCCCUCUACUCCAGAUGCUUCAGAGAGCAGUAGACCAGGAUCAGCUAACCAAGGUGUACUUGGAGGAGGAAUGAGUUAUGUUACUCUUCAGACUCCCCCAACCAAAGGCCCAUCAAAUAAUAUAUGGCCACGACCUUCCUCCUCACGCAGGAAUCUGUUUCUUGAGGAGGAAUCCCCAAGACUAAAUGAAUAUAUUGAAAGGCUUGAUAACAUCCAUUCAGCACUGGGUUUGAAUCCAAAGAACAUUUAAACUUGCUUUAGUGUUUUAUAUGAACGGGGUUAAAUCAAAAUUAAAUUAUCAUCGACAUGAUACUUAUAUAAAGCGAGUCAUUAAACAGGAUACUGUUUCAGUAAUCUGUCUGUUAUUGUGAUCUGUGCCAUUAAUUAGGAUUACUUUAGCCAUUACAAAAUAAAACCAAAGUCAUAAACAGUAAUAUAUAAUUUUUUGUGAAUGUGAUGACAGGUGGUAAAAGCUGUAUCAGGUUGACCACUUUUAUAUGUUUUUUCUUAGAUCUUAACUAAUAUAGAUUCCUUACUUUUCAUUUACAGAAGUACAGUAUCAGAAAUAUAUUCUUGAUUUCUAGCUUUCCUUGUAGCCUCAUUGAAUAGAAAAAUCUUAGUCCAUAUAAAAUUCAUGACUGCACAGUUAUUGUCUUCAGUUCUGUGCUAAGUAACUUUUAAGUUCAUGAUAAUUUGGUGUAGGAAAAGCUAUCAAGUUUUAUAUUUUUUGCUUCAUUGAAAUAUUGGAAUAUCUAUAUAAAUUUUAUUAAUGAUAAUUUUAAAGAGUAAGGAAAGCUCGCACUUGCUGAAGGCAAGAAGCUUUAUAUAAUAUUGUCACAGAGUUGCGAGGAAAAGGACAUAUUAUAUAAUUCCAAGAUCAUAGGUUUAGUAAACAACAUCCAUGCUAGAUGUUGAAGCUGUGGAAGGUGUCUAGGCUUUUCCUCCCUUUUGAUAAAUAUUUAAUAUUGUUGGGAAUUUUAAAGUGGUUACUGAAGAAUCACUUAGUUGUGAUAAUUUUUAUAAAACUUGUAGGAUUUAAAUAAGAAAUUUCAUUAUUGCAACACUUGCACUUUAUAGAAAUUGAUUACACCUGUUUACCAGUAAUUAAUAUAUACCAAACUUAUGUAAACUUUAUGUAGACUACUUUGAACGGUUUACCUUCAUAUAUAUACUUUAAUAAUACGUCAAUAGGAACAUGAAAAAUAGUACAUUUUCAAGGUACAGUAUAAUGUUUAAUGCUGUUUACAAAGGAGGAGAAAACUAAUGUUAGUGCAGUAGUUGAAAAGGUUUGAUUUAGUCCCUGAAAGGGGAACAUAUUUAUGUAAUUUUAUCAGUGAAAGUGCUAAUUGCUUCACUCAUGUCACUGGCAUAUUAGUGUUGCUUUUGAGAUCUUCCAGUUGAUACUUGUACAUUUUAACAGAGGUUUUGCUUACUAUUAUAUAACUUUUUAUAAUGG